AUGGCCCGAGAGUUGAGCCAGGAGGCACUACUGGACUUUCUGUGCCAGGCCGGGGGCCGAGUGACCAACGCCGCCUUGCUGAGCCACUUCAGGAGCUUCCUCCGAGACCCCGAUACGCCCCCCAGCCAGCAGCAGCGCCGCCGCGAGCUUUUCAAGGGCUUCGUCAACUCGGUGGCCGCAGUGCGCCAGGACCCCGACGGCACCAAGUACGUGGUGCUCAAGAGGAGGUACAGGGACCUUUUGGGGGAGGAGGGGCUGCAGCGACCCAGAGACCCGCCCGCGGCCGCCGCCCCUGCAGGGGGAGCUGCGCCCAGCUUCCCGCUCCUCGCGCGCAGUGGGGAGCCGCCGCAGCCUCCGCCGCACCAACCCCGGCGGCGGCGGCGCGAGAAGGAGCUAGAGGAGGAGCCAGCAGGUACCGCAGACCCGGCCGCCGAAGCAGGUUGCAAUGGACUCCCCGCCAGCGGGGCCCGGGAGGCGGCCCGGAGAGGCAGCCGGCGGAGGGGCAGCUCUGGCCACAGGGCGCCGGUGCCUGCGGCCGCCCAGGACGGAACGAGGUGUGCGGCGGCCGAGACGCAGGGCCGCCGCUGCUGGGAAUGCCUCCAGAACGGCCUGGGGGGACUCCCGGGCGAGCCGCUGCUCGGCUCACUCCCCGACCCCCCCACCGCCACCGCCAGCGCCUGGGAGAAGCCGGCGCCGGCCCCGCCUGCCCAGGACGACCGCGGGGCUCCCAGGCCGCAGCCGGAAGGUGCGCCCGCGGAGCCCCCGCCGGUGUCCGCCGCACCCCGCUCUCUUCCCACAACCGUCGAGGCUGCUGGGAGCGGGGCUUCCCCACCUGCUCUCCUGUCCUGCCCCACUCUCGCCGGAGAGCCGCCCGAGCUGGUGACCCCGGGCUCCCUGCAUUAUUCGACCCUGCAGAAGCAGCAGCAGCGCACUCGAGAGUGGGUGGCCAGACACCCCCAGAUACCCGAGGCCCGAGACCAGGGUCCCAUCCGAGCCUGGUCGAUACUGCCAGACAACUUCCCCCAGCUGCCCUCGGAGCCGGGCUUCUGGGUCCCGGUAUCUAAGCCAGCACCACCGGACCUCCCUCCUCCCCCUCAUUCUCUCUUUCCCGCUGUUUCGGAAUCCUGGCCCGGGAAGUCACCGCUGGCAGUCUUUCGUAGCAUUCGUUGUCAGCUCUCCCUACAAGAUCUGGAGGACUUUGUGGACCAGGAGAGCCACGGCAGUGAGGAGAGCAGCAGUGGACCCAAAGAGUCCCCUGGGGGUUCUGAAGAAGGGCUGUACCUUGCCCCGGGAGCCCCAGAUGGGAGAAGGCUCAGGAAUCCAGCUGGGGCCCCUUCUCCAAAGGAGGGCAGCCCCAGCAGGAGCCUUCAGGGCCUCAGGAACAGAGAGGAUGGUCACCCUUCUCAGCCCGUCCCAAUAGGAGCUGGUGGCCUUGCAGGCCACCCUCAGCCUUUGCCCUGGCCUGUCCCCAAAUUAAGGAGAUCCCUAAGGAGGAGUUCUAGGGCAGAGAGAGCCAAAUUGUCCUCCUCUGAUGAGGAGUGCCUCGAGGAGGAUUUGCUGAAAAGGAGCCGGCGCCCUCCCCGGUCCAGGAAACCCUCGAAGGUGGGAGCAAUGUCCAGCCCGAGGGUGGAUGCCGCUUUGACACCAAAACCUGCAGACAAUAAGGCUACUGUUGUUGAGUGUGGUCAUCCACACAGCUCAUGGGCCCCUGGAGGGGAGAGGCCUGCAGCCUUGAUCCCCCCCAGAUCUUCCGAGCACAAGUCAUCCUUGGUCCCUCUUGAUGCCAGGGAGCAUGAAUGGAUUGUGAAGCUUGCCAGUGGCUCUUGGAUUCAGGUGUUGACUUUGUUCUGGGAGGACCCCCAGCUGGCUUUGCACAAAGACUUUUUGACUGGGUACACUGCCUUGCACUGGAUAGCCAAACACGGUGACCUCAGGGCCCUUCAGGACUUGGUCUCAGGCGCACAGAAAGCAGGGAUUGCUCUUGAUGUAAAUGUGAAAUCCAGUUGUGGGUAUACCCCGCUGCACCUUGCAGCCAUUCAUGGCCACCAGGGGAUCAUCAAAUUGCUAGUGCAAAGGUUGGCAUCUCGUGUGAACGUCCGGGACAGCAGUGGGAAGAAGCCUUGGCAGUAUCUGACCAGUAAUACCUCUGGGGAAGUAUGGCAGCUACUGGAAGCCCCACGGGGCAAGCCCAUUUUUUCCACCUAUCCCUUGGUUCGAAGCUCUUCCCCCACCAGGAAGGCCAAGAGCCGGGAAAUAUCUAGAAAUGUCACUCGAAAGGCUUCCUUUGCCGCACUGCUGAAAAGUCAGCACAGCAAAUGGAAGUCAGCCAACCAGUAUGAGAAAUUCCCCAGUCUAAGGGAAAGAGAAGAGUAUAGUGACUGA